AUGCACUCAUCUCGUACAACCACGACACUCUGGCUGACCGUGCUGCUGAUGGGCCACGUUUGGUCAGCAAGGGCGUGUAACGGUGGCUUCGAAAUGAUCCUGCACAGUGUGGAAAACUGUGGCGGCGAUGGACAGGUCAUCACCAUCGACCCGGGAACCACAGUCGCACUGACGAAGGAUUGUGGCGUACAAACAAAGUCGACCGUGCGCACCCUGGGUUUCCGCACGGCGCAGAUGCAAGUGACCAUCACGAAGAAUGGCUUACCGGUGGUGAAGGAGUCGGUGGAUCUGUGCGCCAGUAUGGACGAUGCGGCCACCAACCAGGAUGCGACGGAGGUGAUGACCAUGUUUGGCGUCCCGAACCACUGUCCCGUGGAGCCGACCGAGAUCGUUUCCGAUGGAAGCAAGACGUACAGCUUGGAUAAGUACAAGCAUCAUCUACUGGUGGCGCAGGGUAGAGCACUGAUCGAUGUUGUAAUCCAACAUGAUAAUGGCAAAAGUUGCUUCAAAAUUGACACAGAAGUCGUCAACAAACAUAUGCUUGGUUAACAGUCGGG